AUGACGAUCCUUAUCGUUGGAGCGGGUAUUUCGGGCCUCAUCCUCGCCCAACAUCUUCAGAGCAAACAAAUUCCCUUUGAGAUUUUCGACCGCGACUCUGCCCUUGAUGCCCGCAAUGGUGGCUGGGGGUUGACCCUGCAUUGGUCGCUCCCUGCGCUGCGCUCUCUACUGCCCGACGAACUGGUGCGACGAUUCCCUGAAACAUUCGUGAACAAAGAUGCAGCCGCGCGUGGUGAUGUUGGACGAUUCCAAUUUUUUGAUCUCAAGUCGGGCGAGGCGUUGUACAGCGUCGAUGCGGAGGAGCGCAUCAGGGUCAAUCGGGGACGGUUGCGAGAAUUGUUGACAACGGGGCUGGAUGUAAAGUGGAGUAAAAUGCUUGAAACGAUUGAAUCGACAACGGAUGGCGUGACUGCGCGAUUCGACGAUGGCACCGAAUACAAUGGCCAGCUUUUGAUCGCUUGCGAUGGCGCUCGGUCGCGUACGCGACAAAUUCUUUAUCCUGAUGCUGCAAUGAAUCCUCUACCGGUCCAGCUACUCGGUGCAUCCACACUGUACUCUGCGGAGGAGAUGAACGGCGUGCAAAAGAUCGACCCAUACAUUUUCCAGGGCUCUCAUCCUGAUACAGACGUCUUUCUUUUCUUCAGCUUCCUGGAUACACCGAGUAACUUCGAUGACAGCAGUCGGGAUCGAUAUCAUGUCCAGAUUAUCGUGUCUUGGGCUGACACCAAGGGGAUAAAUGUUCCGUCUCAAAACUCCGAUCGUAUCGCACUGAUGAAGAAGUUGUCGGAUAAUUGGUCCGAGCCAUUUAAAUCACUCGUGCAGAAACUGCCUGUCGAUACAGAGGCGCGAUCCAUUCGCAUUGAGGAUUGGAUGUUCCAACUCGGUCGGAAACAUGCGCACCCUCGUGUCGCACUGGUGGGGGACUCCGCGCACACUAUGACGAUGUUCCGGGGUGAAGGAGCCAAUAAUGCCAUUGUUGAUGUUCUGGACUUGGUGAAAAGGGUAGACCUUGAGAAACCGGAAUCCUUCAAUCUGCCAACUCUUUCGGCGUCUUUGGCAGCCUACGAAAAAGAUAUAUUUGCCCGCGUGGAGUCCAGCUUUCUCAACUCCCGUCAAGCGUGCUUGGAUGCGCAUGAGUUCUCUAGAAUCAAAGGUAGCCCACUUGUGAUGGCGCGGAAUCUCAAAAAGGAUUAA